AUAAAAGGGGCAGGUACACACCAUCUAGUCUUCACUUCGUUUUCAUAAAGGAGCCACUUCCAAUUUCAAGAAUAAUAAAUCGAAAAAAACUAGGGUUUCACAGAUCGUGAUGAAGAAGAGACAAGUGGUAAUAAAGCAAAGAUCAAGAAACUCCAACACCUCGUCGUCUUGGACUACUACUUCUUCAUCGGCGACCAGUAGCAUCCGUUACGUGGAGUGUCAGAAGAAUCACGCUGCUAACAUCGGAGGUUACGCCGUCGACGGUUGCCGUGAGUUUAUGGCCGCCGGCGUUGAAGGAACCGAUGAUUCUUUGAGAUGUGCCGCUUGUGGUUGUCACCGGAAUUUUCACCGGAAGGAGGUCAACACGGAGGUUGUUUGUGAGUAUUCUCCACCUAACGCUUGAUUUUUCGAUGAUUCAACUUUUUCAUUUUCUGUGAUUUGGAUUUUAUCGAAUGAUUUUUAAAGGUGAAGUGAUAUAUAUAUUUGUAAAUGGUUAUCGAUGUGUAUAUUCACAGCUCACAUACUGCCGGUCUGUAUGUAUUUUAAAAAUAUUGUAUAUAUCUGUUUGUGAUGUAAACAAUAGUUAAUUUAUUUUACAAAUUUAGCUUUUGGAUUUUUAUAUGGUUCGUGAUACGAACUUCAUACGAAUGAGUAAUACCUGUGCGAUAUUAUACUGAUUAAAAGUUAUAUCUGAUCGAAACUAUAAUUGUUUUAUAAUUUGGAGAAUGUUAUUGGAUUUAUUUAUUUCACCGUUGAGCUUAACUAUAGGAUCGCAAGUCAGUAUAUCACAGGCAAGAAGCAUAUAUCAGUACAUCACACGAUAUAUGAGACAAUUUGUAAAGGAUGCCUCUUAUUUAGUUCAGAACAUGGUUUUAUAGUUCGAGUACAACUUCCAAUACAUGUCUGUAGCCUUCUCUCUUCUUUUUUUUCUUUGAAUAUAAUUGAACCUCUGAUAGAAGCUUAAACGUGUGAUUAAAAAUUGCUGAAACUUGAAAAUGUAUAUAUAGUUUCUUACAACGAAAAUUAAUGUAUAUAUAACAUAAGAUAUUUCCAUUCAAUUAAGUUUCAGGAAGUGUCAAUUAAUAUAUAAACCUCUAACCAUCGUCUUACAUGUAACUUACAAAAAAUGUUGUAUAUUUAGAAAUUUAAAAUACAUUCUAGCUAGAAUCAUAUAGUAUGUAUAAAGACCAAUAAAAAAUGAGAGACUAAUUGAGUUAGAAAUUUGAGGAUGCUGAUGAUGCCAUAGUAGGCUGAAUCUAAUUCCAUUUAGUUGGCCUCUUGAAUCUAAUUCCACUAAUGUUAUAUUAUUACGUGUCUGAAAGCAUGAAAUUUCUUUGUAGAAUAGUGUACGCAAUCUCUUUUGUAUCGCAGACGGUCCACAUAUCGGAUCAUGUUCGCUUAUCGUCUAGGUUAAUGGUUUUUGUCUAAUUAGUUUUCUUUUUUCUUUUUCUUUUUUUUUCUUAAUUUUGGGAGCAUCCCAGACAAAAAAUAAUCUCUAAAUAAAUCGUGAAGUCCACAAAUUUUUACUUCGGCAAUGUUUUCAAAACCGGACCGAUCCGAUGGUUGGACCGGAUUCGAUUAUAAAUCGGUUACAUAAUUGAGUUGAGUCUAAUAAUUGGUUCGACCAUAAAGCGGUCACAUAAUAGAUCUCAAAAUUAUUAAACUGAUAAAAACCAUUAAAACUAUCAAAAUCUAUAAAUCAUCCAUAUAAACAAAAACUAAUUUUCUGUUUAUAAUGUUUUAUGUUUUAAAUUCAUUUACAUUUUGAUAAUGUAUUAUAUAUAAUAAUAUUACUUUAAAAUUUAAUUACACACUAAAGAUACAUUAAAUCAUAUUUAACCAUGACCCAAAUAAUUAUCCGGUUCGAUUUUAAAAAUACUACACUCUAGAUAUUCAAAUGAAGUCUAAAGUAUAACUUUAUAUCCGUGUGAUCACAUCGUAAACUGUAAUGAGUGCCUUCAAUCUCAGAUCACUUAGUACUCGAAGCCCGCCUACCACUAGAUCAUCAUUCACCAUCACCAUGUGGUUUUUUUGUCUAAUUAGUUAAAUCAAUAAAAUCGAAAAUAAUUAGGCCGAAGCAACUACAAUACAAUAUUAAUGUAAAUCAAUAUGGCCAUGAAAAAAAAAUUGGUUUUGUGAAUAAAAAAUGUUGUAUUGGCUGCUUUUGGCAUCAUCUAAGUGGCCACUCGAAUUUGUUGGGAAAGACAAUGUUAGUUUAAUUAUUGUUAUUACUAUCGUUUGAAUUCAAAAGAGUUUUAUAUUCCUUACUUUUUUAGCUAGAGCGUAUCGUGAAUCUCCAGAAAUUUUGAACUGUAUUCAUUUUUAUAUAUUGGCUUGAGUAAAAAUGAAAGGUAGGAUUAUUAUUCAAAUAAAUUUAGUUAAUUAAUUUGCCAAGUAUUUUGAGAAAAAAAUGCAUUUAUACAAAGUUUAUGGUCCGAAACUACACGAAUUUAUAAUCAAACCAAUGUUAUUUUUUUUUCUCAGUUUACUGAAAUACAUGCCGUAGUUUAUUGACCAUUGUGUUAGAGGUCACCAGUUCAAAUGACCGCUGAGACAAAAUUAAUAUAACAUGCUGUGAUUUCGGAUUUAGUAGGUUACAUGCUUCCGUCCUGAACCUCCUAAUAUUAAAAAAAAGAUUGUACUAGUUGUUAUUUGCAAUGUACAAGUUAAUAUCCCUAGGUUAAUAUGAGUAACUAGUAAUAAGAUUGUAGUUGAAAAGAGUGACACGUAAAAAAUAUCCCUAGGUUAAGUAACUAAGUAGAUUAUGUUGGCUGACAUUAUAAAUUAGGAUCGGUCUCUUUCUUCUCUUCCGGGAGCUUGAAAGUGUAUGAAACUAAAACCAGAAAAAUAAACCUUAUAAACUAAAGAUUUAAAGAGUGCAGCACAAAAUAUCGGAACAUCUUUUCAAUUAGGUGGCAUGCCAUUGUCAUGGAGAGCUUGAAGUUGAGAUUGGUGAAGGCCCAUUAAUGGCAAAUCAAUCGUCAUUCAAAAACCAAUGAUAAUAUUAUUUUUAAUACAAGUCAAUUUGGUUUUAUUUGGGUGAACAAUCGGCAUUUUUGGUUGAUGGUUGGCUCUUUCGUAAAUGUGCAAUGUUUAGAAGACCCACCCACUAAUUAUUAUGAUUAUCACUAAAGACUUUCUUUUUCUUUGUGUUAAUUAUUUUUUUCUUAUUAAUGGACCGACGUGCAGAGCCCUAGUGAGUAGUGCCCAUUCUUUUUUUUGUGCAACCUUUCAUUUCAUUAUCUUAAACUUCAAACAUACAAUAGCUAGAGGGAAUUAUCCAUCCUCUUUGAUUACAACAAUGAAACUUAAAAACAACAGAAGUUAAAUCAGAUAGCUUCUCCGAAGAGAUUGACAGCGGAAAUGAGACACUGCUCAAAUGCGUCGGGAGAUUCACGGUAAAACCGGAUUCAUAAGUCAUAGUCACUUUACAUUGUGACGUUGAAAACCAACCCUUACCUCCA